AUGCCCUCUGACCCACUUGGCCAAGAUCCUCCUCCAUUGCCAGAGUUUCCCCCAGAGUUUCCGACAGCACAGCCUACGACACAGUCCCUUCGUACAGUCUCUACACGCCGACACCGUACAAGCUCAGAUGCCGAUAGCACUGACUCUCGCGAGCGCUCAAGACGCGUGUCGAAGCACAGCGAGGUUUACGAAGACACGAUAAGAGCUAUUGCGCAAUUGCGGACACAACUUGACUACGAGAGGCAGCGUGCAAAUGAUGCUGAGAGCAAGCUACAGGAGGUGACCGCUCAUCUAAAGUCUAUAAAUGACGCGAGAAUUCAGGCAAUGCACGAUGCCGCCCAAGCGAAAGAGGAGCUCAAUGUGUACAAAAUCCAGCUGGAGACUGCGCAGAAGGAGAUAUACAGAGCCCAGGAUGUCAUUCAAAUCGUCGAUAGACAGAGGUAUCAGGCGGAACAAGAGGCCGCGAAGAAUCGAACCAAAGCGCGUCAACUGAACGAAACGAUCAUGGUCCAGCUAGCCCGCGAUGAAGCCUACAAGAUAGGCCUUCAAGAGGGUCUGCAAAGAGGCAGGCAUCUCACUCUCGGUGACGACCCAGACACACCUUAUGAACCGCGUGAACCGCAACGAGGCCGACCAGACAUGCUUGGAUUCGACGAUGACUUCUCAUCGGAAGGGAGCCGACCUGCAUCUGCUCUGGAACCAGAGCCAGAACCAGUUCCCCAACGUAUACCGGAGCCACAGCCCGCAAAUCCAGUCCGCCCACACUCUGUCGCACCUAGCAUCCGCUCCAACGCUUCAGUCAUCCGGCCCCGCGGCUCUCCUCUUCCCGUCCCAUCUCCUCUACCCAGCCGACCACCAACACAUGUACCCUCGGCUCCACCCAGUGUCGCAGGCUCUGAACAAAUCAGGCCUGUAAGUCUACGGAAUACCACCCCAACACCACGUUUUUCGCAUCAUCUACCCCCUGAUAAUUAUAUCCCAACUUUGGGUGCGGACAACAGGAUUGGUUUACCGCCUCCUCACGAGUUUGUCAGAACACCCGAACGUCCAGCAUCACCACAGCUUCCAGUCUUAUCCGACAGCAGCCAAGAACCUAUACCGAUACCCGCCCCAGGCAGUGCUAAUACCCCUCAUCAUCGCAAACGACAACAUAGACGCCAUUCUUCAUCUGGAUCUAAUUCUUCGAGCUCUCUUUCUCACCUUGACAUUCUGAAUUUUGCUACCACUGCGCGGACACCCAUGUCCGUUAUCCAGGAAUGCACCAGGAACCACUCGACACGCACAGCGAACGACCACGAUCUCGAGCAAGCUAUGCUGGUUCGUCCAGACAAGUACCAGCCGAUGCACGAAGCGAACGUCCUCAUUCAAGAGCAAGCCACGCAGGCUCCUCCAGGCACCCUCAUCAAUCCCAACGAAAUUCAACCAGCACUGCACCAGAAAUAUCCGAAUGCAACAACGGCAAGCCCAGGAGGGUCGUACCGUGCACCGCUGCCGACGCUAGACGAAAUGCCCGAUCAGUAUUCGCAUCACGAAGGAGAGGGGAUGCCCGGCGGCUACGGCGGCGGGAUAUACGCGGAGAGCGACCCUUACUCUGCUGGACCGUCGACAGGCACCGCGGGACCGACGGCCAACUCGCACUCGCACGGACAUUUGAAGUCGAAGGGCAAAUCGAAGUCCAGGCGCCAUAGCUCACACCACCAACACCACGGAGCGAACGGCUAUGACGACGACGAUGCAGUCUCGUCCGCGUUCAGCGAAGACACCCUGACCACCCUUCCUCCGACAAUAUACCGGCCGGUGGAGGGUGGUCCGCCUCCUGACUGGUCUUCGGUGCUCGACCAGCUCGACCACCCUCCAAUAGGCAUGUACACCAUCACUGGCCACGACCCCCUGCCGCAUGGUUCUAACAGCACGACGCUGUGGAGCAUACCUGACGCGCGAAAGUAG